GCAUCUCUUUCCACUCUCCACUUCUCCCCACCAACAUGGCGCUCACAGUCCGCGCCAUACACACCUUUGUCGCAGAGCAUGGCGACGAGCUCGACUUCCAGGCCGGCGACCACAUCGUCGUCCUUGAGAAAGACGAGGCCUUUGGCGACGGCUGGUGGAGAGGACGGAAUCCAAAGGGCGAAGAAGGCCUCUUCCCGGCAACAUACAUCUCCGAGUCGCCUCCCACUCCUCCCGAGCCCGCUUCGCCUGCCACGCCAGAGACGCCCGCUGCCGCCGCGCCCGCCGGCACCCCGGCCGUCCUCGCGGAAAAUCCCGUCAACGGCAAGCAGCCUUCCGUCCACACCCAAACACCGCCUGCCGCCAUCCCCACUCCCACGCCCACUCCGCCUCGCCCGCAAGCCGACGAUCCCACUCCCGGCGCUUGGCCUGCCGACAACAACAACCUCGCCGUCCCUGAAAUAGCCAUCCCCAACGAGUCUCCAAAGGGCACGACCGAUGCGCAAGGUGGCAUCCUCGAGUCGGCAACAGCGACUGCCGGUGCCGCCGCUGCGAAUGUCGGCAACGUCAUGAACCGCACCAUAGGUGACAUCCAGGAUGCCAUCGAGUCUUAUGCGCGACCCGAGAGCGAUGACGAGCAUGAGCACGAAGAGUUGGGUAUCGGCCAAGAUGCAAGGGCAAAGCUGGUUGAGCAAGCGAGACUGGCCAACGAGAAGCGAGAAAGGGAUGAGACCGGGUUUGUAUACUCGGACGAGAGUGAAGAUGAGGAAGAAGACUUUGGAAAGAGCUUGCCUCUGGUCACCAAGUCUAGGACAAGUAUCGGGACAGAGUCGCAGGACGUGAACGGUUUCCACGAGAACGUCGUCAAGGAGGAGCCUGUAACUUUUGAAAGCAUCGACACGGAGCCUGUUGCUCUGAUCCCCGCACCUGUUGUGGCCUCGUCCACGGCUGCUGCUACUGCCGCUGCUCCUUCAGCCGCAGCCGCAGCCCCAGCCACAGCUCCAGCUCCAGCCGAGCCCGAAUUGACUCCUCUCGUACCCACCUCUUCUGACCAACGUGAGCCAUCUGUCGGCACUCUCCAACCAGCAUUCGUCCCGGCCACCCCUCCUCUUGUCCAAACGCCUACUUCCCAAGGUGCCACCACCCCGACCCCUUUCGCUCAAAACGCCGCACCACCGAGCUCGACAUCCAACCGUUCGUCCAGCAUCCCGGCCAAACCUGCGACUAGCUGGACUGUGGACGAUGUUGUGUCUUGGGCCCAGGCAAAGGGUUUUGACGACAGUAUCUGUGACAAAUUUAGGGAACACGAGAUCUCUGGUGAUGUCUUGCUUGAACUGGACGCCAACCUCCUCAAGGAGCUCGAUAUCCCCGCAUUUGGCAAACGUAUGCGGAUCGCAGCAGCCAUCACCGAGCUUCGACGUCCUUCCUCCAUGGUCUCUUCGUCCUCCCAGCAAUUCUCCCCUUCUGGCUUGCCUACCCACAUGUCGCCAGGUGUUUCAGUGCGCGGCAUGAGCGCUCCACCAUCUUCAUACAGUGUCGGUGCCGCCGGUCAGCCAUUCCCGUCUACUCCUCCCCUGUCUACCCCGCCCAUGCCGAGUCAUUCAGAGGAAUCGGGUGCGUACAGCGUAUGGGCGCAUCAGCCGAGGAAACAUAGCGGAGGCGCACACGCUGCGCCUCUCGUGAUGGAGUCGAUCAACGAGAAUCACUCGCAGGCCCGCUCCUCUUCCCAACCCCAACCCCAAACUCAAUCCCAGCCCCAACUCGCAGCGGACAAGACCGCUUCCAAUCGCUCCUCCCAACCGCCUCCUUCUUCCAACACUGCACCCAGCUCAGUCCGUGCCAGCACCAACACCGCGGCAAGCACACCCGUCAGCCCCAUCACCCCCGGCGCCAGCUCCACCGUCACCAAACGCGAUUCUCUCGGGUCUCUGGGCCACAAGCGCGGGAAACCGAGUGGAGACUCCAAAGAUCGAUUGAGCUUUUUCGGAAGGAACCGGAAACCGCCUGCACCCCUCGCUGGCGGGGGUACCGGUGCUGUCUCGCCCACUACAGGCGAGCAUCAACAGGCAACGAAAUCGUCGUCUUCAAGACUUGGGUUUGGGAGCAGUAAAGUACAUCAGAUGCAGCCUGCCAGCCCGCAGAACAAGCGCGUCUCGGGCCCUACCCCGGCGACGGGUGGUGGUGGCGCAGCAGCAUCGAUGAACGGCGGCGGCGCCUUGAAACAAAUCGGUACGCCCGAUCACGCCGGUUACCUCAAAAAGAAGGGAGAGCGGUACGGCGGAUGGAAAUCUCGCUACGUCGUCCUCAAGGGCUCUACACUCUACAUUCUCAAAUCUGAAAACGCGGACAGUCUCAAGGACCGGAUCGACCUCCUCCACACCCACCGAAUCAUGGCGGACGAAAAUGCAAACCCGGGUUCGUACGGUUUCCGGCUCGCGCCGUCGAGCCACGGGACUGCGGCUCCGGCUCCGGCCGCGUCUGCGUCUGCAAAGAGCCACACUUUCUCGUCGAGCGAGCAGACGGUGGUGAGGGGGUGGAUGAAGGCGUUGUUGAAGGCGACGAUUGCGAGGGAUUAUACCAAGCCGAUCACGAGCUCGUGUAAUAUCCCGACGAUACCGCUCGCAGAGGCCCAGGCGCUUGCGCCGAGACCGCCUAGUCCCACGACGAGAGCGGCUAUGCAGCGGGCUACGAGGAGAGAAAAUCCAAACCAGCUGACUCCGCAUGACGCUAAUAUCUUGAUGAGUUUGGAUACUUCUUCUGGAGAAAAGCGUCGCGCGAGCCAGAACCUUGGGGUGGCGGGUGCGUCCCCAGCUCGGCCAAGCCGGGAUAUGAGACGCCCUUCUAGCAACUUUAGCCAAAACACACAAAAGCCGGCGUCUGGCGCCACUGCUGCCCCUCUUGGUGCGGUGGCGGUGCCUAGCAGCGAUCGCGCUCCUAGCGACAUCUCCACAUCCGAAGCCCCCCAGCUUCUUGAAUGGGUCAACACCCAUCUCCCAGCGACCUACCCUCGCGCAACCGCCCUCCCUCAAUCAUUCAUCUCUGGCGAAGUCAUCUUCCUCCUCGUCAAGUCUCUUUCCGGCAUCGAGCCUAGUCCUCCCGUUGCUCCUGGAGCUUUCAACCCCGAAACCGAUGGACAGCCGGGGUUGGAUGGGCUGAUAGCGAUGAUGGAUAUGCUUGUCGAUGCGGGUGUCAAGAUUGAUGGGAUUAGUAUCAAUGAAGUUAGGGUGGGCGAUACGAAUGGGGUGGUGAGGUUGUUGAAGAGCGUGCAGGAUUGGCAUGGGAGUGGACAGGCGGGCGCGCAGUCAUGAAACAAGAGGGAUUUUGGUAAUUGAUCAGUAUUUAUUUAGGUAAAACGGAGGAGGGAGGAAAAGAAAGAAAAAAAAGGGUUUGCAUAUAAUAGUUUACUUUUCAUCUUGCUUAUUAUAAGAUUAUACAGUUGAUUUAAAAAGAUGUGAGAACAGAAUGGGUUUGCUCGUAAAGAUUUUUGCGGCGGUGGUUUGCAUCGCGGAUGCUAAUAAAUUAAGAGAUUAGAUAAGCGUUUUUGAUUAUCGUAGUUUCGGCCGACG